UGCUGGCCAAGGGUAUUUCCAUACAUUGACAAGCCAAGUGAAAAGCAGCGUGUAAAAACUAGUCAUUUGCUAUGAAGGUGUUCAUUGCAAGGACUUUGAAUUACUCGAUGUUGGAAGAUUUAUUGCUCUCCAAUAAAAUGCAAACAAUUAACAGCAUAGAACAGAACUUUUCAUUAUGGGUCAUUUUGGUAUCAAAUGUAUUGCAUGUUCGAGAAAAACAACAAUUUCAGAGGUACAACUCACCUUUUUAAUCCUUUAAAAAAAACUGCUGUCUGUUGCCUUCUGGUUUGUAUGAUCUCAAAUCUAACUGACACAUUGUCAAUACCACAAGCCACCGAAAAACAAUGUCACUCGAUUACCAAAAUCAAGAUGGCAGUUUUCAUCUCCUCAGUUUGAUUCUGGGUAAAUCUUGCACGACAUCAUUUAUCCAAAGGAAUUUAACAUGCUGACAUUAAGCGACGAUGUUGUAUGAUGUCAUCAAUUAAAAAAAUGAAAAGAUUACUUACCUAGCAAACUAUAGGCAUCCUGAGAUAACUGAGAAUGAUACCAAACCACAGGUUACAAUGAUGCCAUGCAAGUUUUUGCAAUUUAGAGAGAGUGUUUAGGUUGUAGUUUUUGAGUUUUGGGGGGCUGGGGCUUAGGUCUUAGUUUGUGAGAUUUGGAGGGGGUCUUAGGUCUAAGGUCUUAGUUCUCAGGUCUUAGCUAGGUCUUAGAGUUUGAGACACCCAGUAAAUUUUGUAAUUGAGCAAAAAUUUUCACUUUGUGACCACUUAAAGGGUAUUCUCUUAGGUGUUUGUACAGCAGUAAUUGGUAAAAUGGAUUAGCCUUUGAGAAGCCUCUGAUCAAUACAGACCCUUUGAGUCAUUUCACCUUUCUAGGAAAGAAGCCUUUUUUAAGGGCGAACAUUUGAGGUUUGCCAGGAACAGUUUUUAAGUAUACUGUCAUCUACUCAAGCUUAUCUUUGACUCCAGUGACUAUAUUUAUGGGGGCACAGUUUUAGUUUUCUCAAAUAUUCCACCUGUUUCCUACACACAGAUAAAUACAUGUAGCUACUCCCAGAGGUGUGGUAUGUUUUGAAAAGUAAAAUAAUGAAGUUUAAGGUAUAUAUAUGGGACAGCUGGUUGUAAUAUGCCACUUCCAGACAAAACCCAUAGGAAUAAGGAAGUGUAGCCUGCAGAACAGGCAUAAUUUGUUUGUGUAUUUUAGGUGAAUAGAGGCAAAAGUGAGGUGAGCGCAAAGUGGGAGUCACGCACAAGGGGAAGAGCACGCUUCACGCUUGCCUCGCUUUUGCCUCUGUUCACCUAAAAUACGCAAAAAAAUUACGCCUGUUCUGCAGGGUAAAGGAAGUGUUACAACAUCAAGUUUGCAUGAAUGCUGCUCCCUAGUUAAGCUUUAAAAAGCCUUUGAAAAAAGGCUGUAAGAAUAUAUCAAUCCUGAAUGUUCUUCAGCCUUUACUUCUGCAACUGAUUUAGUUGCAUUCUUGACUGCAACAAUCUUUCAUCUACUAUCUUUCUACUGGCUAGAAUUAGAAGCUCAGUUAGUGGAGCAUUUUACACUUAUCACAGAGGACAUGGGUGUGAAUCCCAUUUAUGCCUGAAUUUUGUUUUAAGCUCAAGCUUUAUAAUUUUUGAAUUUGUAACUAAGUUGCAUUUAGAACUGUGAUGAGUUUUGGUGUCGGAAUUCUUUCUUCCACAGUUCAGGUAAUAAUAGUUCUAUUUCACAUAUUCACUUCAAUAAUAGAUGCUGAUAGACUUGGCAGCCAUGGAGAAUGGUGGAGCUGUUGUGGGCUGGAGCAAUAUGCAUUAUGGUCAUCCUCGUAAUCUCAUUGCUCCUGGGACAGCAGUUAACAUGGGGGAUGGCUGGGAAACUGCUCGCAGGCUGGAUCGACCCAGUGUCCUUGAGCUAGGGGAAGAUGGAUGCCUGAAAGUCCCAGGUUGUGAGUGGUCAAUUAUUCACUUAGGACAUCCAGGAACUUUAAAAAAGAUUGAAGUUGAUACUGCUCAUUUCAAAGGAAAUUUCCCUGCUUCUUGUGUUAUAGAAGUUGAAUCUAAUUUAGUCCAGUUUGGAUGCUUUCAAGAACUAAACAGUGCUGAACUAUAAAUAGUUUGGUGAAGUUUUCAAGAUCCUUGCAUGAUUGCAUCAUUCAUGUGUCUACUCUUAUUGAUGAUAGAAAUCAGCCAAUCAGCGUGCGAAAAUUCACUCAGUUAUUGUAAAAUAGGGUUUUGCAGUUAUCAAAUGUGAAAUAAAUACCACAAAACGUAUAAAGCGACUUUUCAUUCUCUUUAUUGACAAAAUCAAAUUACAGUUUUACGGCCGUAGUUUGUCGAUCGUUCCUUGUGGUUUUGUACCGACGUAAAUAUGAUAAAAAAAAAUGAAUUGAUGCAAUUUUUCACAGCAAAAAAUGUCAGCACGAAUUGAUUUCCUACAAGUGACAAACGUCGCUCAUUCGAAGCCAUUCCUUGAUUUUGUUGGCUACAUACGCUGCAUAAAUACGAGCGACUUAGGGCAAGUGUGAUGCUACAUUUGUGCUUUUCUUAUCAUUUCAGUUUUUUUUCUUUUCCUCUGAUGAACUUUUCCGUAAAUACUGUCCAUUUUGGUGAAUUUAUUUUGUUUGGCGGUAAGUUCUUAUGGGAAAAGAGACCAUUCUUUACUCUUUCUGUAGCUUGAGGGUGGUAAAGGAUAUUUUUGUGACCCGUGAUCAACCCUUUUUAGGCAUAAUUGAAUGUUGAGAAAAAAACCAAUACGUAGACAGGUUACUCUGAAGUUAAGCCGACACUUAUUUGUUUCAAUGGCAAUGUGUUUAUAAAACUUACCUUGUAG